UUUUAUUUUUCACCGCUUAAAGGUCCCCCGCUCUCUCAGCUUUCCUUCCAUUGAAAUGAAUGGGAAGCGGUGUUUCACCGCGCGGCAUCCUGUGCUAAUUGGAACCGUUUUUCAGUUGCCUAAUUGGAUCCGCAAUUUAGAACAAUGACGGACUCAACAGGCUCAGACCGGGUGAGCAUCAUCCUGGAUCCGACUAUUGUCGAUCCGUCGACUGUGAACGGCCAGUGCGACCCGACAGAUCAACAGCCACCCAUAAUCAACAGCCACCCUAAAUUCAAGAUGGACCAGGAGAUGAAAAUUAGCGAUAACAUGGAGGGGCAAGGCUUACUGGAGAGCAGCAUGAGGCUGAACCCCCACGAAGCUCAAAGAUACCGCAAGAAAGCAUUGUGGGUCUCCUGGGUUUCCAUCUUUGUGACGCUGAUCCUGGCAGUAGCAGCUUUCACUGUUUCCUUCAUGAGACACAGUGCCUCGGCUUUCGGAUUCGCUUUUGAUGCCGCCCUGGACGUGCUGUCCUCCAUCAUCGUGGUGUGGCGCUAUAGUAAUGCCUCCGCUGUUCACUCUGCACACAGGGAGUACAUAGCCUGUGUGAUCCUGGGUGUGGUCUUCAUCCUGUCCUCCCUGUGUAUCCUGGGAAAGGCAAUCCAUGACCUGGCUACCAAGCUAAUGCCUGAAGUGGAUGACUUCCUCUUCAGUGUGUCCAUCGUCAGUGGCGUGAUGUGUGUCAUUCUGGCCGCGGUCAAGUUCAUGCUGGGCAGGGUGCUCACCAGCAGAGCCCUCAUCACAGACGGUUUCAACUCCCUGGUGGGCGGGGUCAUGGGCUUCUCCAUCCUUAUCAGUGCCAAGGUGUUCAAGCACGAUCCCAAAGUGUGGUACCUGGAUGGGUCCACAGGGGUCCUCAUAGGCCUCAUCAUCCUGGCCUAUGGGGUCAAGCUGCUGGUUGACAUGGUCCCUCGAGUGCGACAGACGAGGAACUACGAGCGCUUUGAGUGACAGAAGAUCACGGAAGGGCAGUGAGGGCGCCGAGGGGGAUGGGUUCUAGGUUAUAUACAGUAGAAGCACUUCCAGUGUCUGUUCUAGGGUAUAUAUGUCUACGCCCAGUCCCUAUCCAGCUCAACUCUAUUCUUCCUGGUAGAUCUCUCCAGUCACCAUGACAAACCUAUUGAUUGGUUUAGACAAGGUGCCAGCCCAAUGGCAUUUUAGAUAGACCCAAGUGGUCCAUUCUGCAGCGUUCCUCCGGUCUCUCUGACUCCGAAUCUGAUCCGUCCAUAGGAGUCAUUACAAAGUCAAAGAGAAGACGGCGGUUUCCCUCAGUAUUUCUCCUCCUCUACCGAAGCAGGGGGAGGUGGAAGGACAGAAGAACGUGCGCUGCUGAGUCGUCAGGAAAUUGUCACUGCUGCUACAAAGGCGCUGCACCGUCUCCACUGAUUAGUCUGGUGUUCAUAUCUCUCUCCCCUUGGACAAGAUGGCUGAUUCAGAUAUGCAUUGUAGGAUCUCAGUCCUUAAGGGACUUCAAUGGUUUCUAAUAGGCGCUUUCUUUUGAUUAGUAACACUGUGUGUCCCAAAUGGCACCCUAUUACCUUAAUUGUGCACUACUUUUGACCACCCUAUUCCCUUUAUUGCACUACUUUUGACCAGGAACCAUUAAAAAGUGCACGAAAUAGGGUGGCAUUUAGCACACCGCCUAUUUCUCUUUGACACCACUGCUCAAAGUAGAUGUGCUGCUUUUAUGUUGUCAUGAUGUAGUAGGGGCGGCAGGUAGCCUAGUGGGUGUUGAAUAAAAGCUUGUGGCAGACCAUCAACAAACAUGACUGGAGCCAGAGAUUACUACAAGUCUUUUUCUGUGCACUAUUGGCUAGAACACAAGUCAUCCCUUUUUAGGCCAUUCCCUCUUCUUUAAUUCCUUAAAAUCUGACAGGGCAAUUGCGGUCUUCCUGGCAAGUAAAUAUACAAUAUAAUUAUGUUUUAAGCUUUCACAAUCUGUCACGCUGGGUGUAAUUGUAUAUGUAGGAUAUACACUACAUGACCAAAAGUAUGUGGACACCUGCUCGUCGAACAUCUCAUUCCAAAAUCAUGGGCAUUAAUAUGGAGUUGG